GUAUGAUCUCGUUUAUCUCCUCCGGUGUCUGUUCGCGCACGCAGUACGCACGGGAACGAGUCAUCCCCGCUGUUGAAAAUAUUAAAUUAAAAUAUUAUACUGUUGAUGUUGUGUCGGCGCAGUAUUAUAACAACCGCCGUCCGGUCCGGUACAUCGAGUUUUCUGUAGUUCCGAUUCCGUUGCGGACCGCGGUUGUGCUCGGAUAUAUUGCGUACCUAUAUAACACCGUAGCAGUAAACGGCGGCCGCCAAAUGGCUGUUGAUCGUUCCCGGACAUUAUGUCCGGUCGCAGCCGUGAUUGUUUUGCUACUGCAAACACUGCUCAUCCAGCCGCUGACAGAAGCGUCUGCCGGUCAUUGUCGCCUGGCCUGUUCUCUUCGCGAUGAGAUCGCCGGCUAUCGUCCAAUUGUCGACCGUGUGCUCUCGUACGUCCAGGAUCAGAAGGGCUAUAAGGGCAAGACAUGGGCUGCCUUGUCCGAGUUCACGGAUACGUUCGGCUCCCGGUUAGCCGGCACUCCAAACCUCGAGAAUUCCAUCGACUAUAUGCUGAACAGACUUAGGACUACAAACUUAGAUAAUGUACACGCUGAACGCGUCGUUUUCACGGGAUGGCAAAGGCGUAAAGAAUUCGCUAGGUUGGUGAGUCCGAGGGUCAAGAAUCUAGCAAUGUUGGGAUUGGGUGGCAGUGUUAGUACGGUCCCGGAAGGCAUCAGGGCUGAAGUGGUGGUGGUCACCUCGUUUGACGACCUCUUAAAUAAAUCUUCAGAGGUCAACGGCAAAAUCGUCGUGUACAAUCAACCGUUCGUGUCGUACGGAGAAACUGUGAAGUACAGAUCAAAGGGAGCGAGUGAGGCAUCCAAGUACGGAGCCGUAGCUACGUUGAUCCGAUCCAUCACUCCGUUCUCGUUGAAUACACCGCACGCCGGCCAACAGGAUUAUAGCGACGGUGUGAAAAAGAUACCGACUGCCUGCAUCACGGUUGAGGACGCCGAACUCCUAAAUAGAAUGUACAACCGAGGCUCCAAAUUGGAGAUUUUUUUGAAAAUGGAUUCAAAGUUCUUCGCCAACGCCACAUCCAGAAAUACUGUUGCCGAAAUCAAAGGCUCGACAGAUCCCGAUAAAAUAGUAUUGGUAUCUGGGCACCUGGACAGUUGGGAUGUGGGACAAGGUGCGAUGGACGACGGUGGCGGUGCGUUUAUAAGUUGGAACAGUCUCGCCGUACUCAAAAAUUUCGGGCUCCGACCCAAGAGAACGAUAAGAUGUUUAUUAUGGACAGCUGAAGAAGAAGGAUAUAUAGGGGCUUAUGCAUAUUUAAAAAGCCAUAUAUCAGAACUUGAAAAAUUUAAUUUGGUCAUUGAAUCGGACGAAGGGACGUUUCAGCCGUAUGGAAUUGCAUUUCAUGGUUCUGAUACAUCCGCGUGCAUUAUGGCAGAAGUGGCUAAAUUGUUUGACUCCAUCAAUGCAACUACCAUGCAAUCCACCAAAGAUAACGUUGGUUCAGACAUCGAGGUAUUUGAAAAUAUGAAUAUACCCGGUUUGAGUUUGUUGAAUAGAAACGAAAAAUAUUUUUGGUAUCACCAUACAGAAGCCGAUACGAUGGCCGUCGAGGAUCCAGAUUCGUUAGAUUUAAACACUGCAAUGUUUGCAGUUAUAUCGUAUAUCAUUGCUGAUUUAUCUGUAGAAUUGCCAAAAUCAUAAAUAUCAUAGAAUAUUUAUAUUAUGUAUGACUGACGUGUGUACAAUUAAAAUCAUUUUUUACGAAUAGGAUAAAAUUAAGGUUUAAAUCAUAUUAGCCAUUGUAUGAAAAUAUAUUAUAUGGGACUAAAAUUAUUACUUUUUAAAAAUAAUCG